AUGUCUGCCUUUGCCAAUGAAAUUCUUCCUCUGGCCAAAAUCAUGCACUCGCUAUGCUCUCCUGAAGAUGGAGAUAAGGAUGCCUGUGGACAUUUGAGAGGACGGUGUUGUUGGCUGCCGGUGAGUCGUUUCAGAAAAUGGAGGAGGGAGUCCAUGGAGGAGGAGGCGGCAGCGGAGGAUGAUUGGGAAGAGGUAGGAGAGGGCGGCAACGGAAGAUUGGGGGUGGAGCAAAGGCAAUGCUGCAUUGCCUCCACGGUUUCCUCUUCGUCAGCAAAGGAAUAUGAGAAGAGAGACGCCAAACCUGUCAAAGGGGAUAGCAAGACCAAGGUCAUUUCCAGGAUGAAGGAGCUCAUUAGAUGCCUGCAGCUACCAAAUCUGAGAAGAAUGGGAAGUUCCUUGGCCACAAGCUUGAGAUGGGAAGCUGAAAGCAGCUCCACCACUUGCUCGACACUGUCGUCACUUCUUGCCCUGAGCCUCGAGUUUCAGAGCCUCUCUUCCGCGGUGGGAUUUCAGAGCGUCUCUUCGUCGAUAGUGACGGGAUUGAUUGGCGGCGACGGCGAAUCUGCAUCUGAAUUAGGGCGACGGCGACAACGAACCUGCAUCAAGGGGCGAUGUGCUGAGGAGGGAUUCUUCGAUACUAGGGAAGAGGUCUCUUCCAUCUCCGAUUGGGCUUCCGAUUCCGACGGCAACGGUGUUUUCGCUAAUUCUCAGUUCGAGAUUUGGGCUGAAGCUCGGGAGUCGUUUGAAGAUGGUGCUUCGGAGGUGGAUUUCAUGUACAAGAUUAGGAACUUAGACGACGGAAGGGAGUUUGUCUUCGAAGAACUGGAUCAAGAUUGUAUUCUGGUUCGAUGGAUGGGACAAUCAAGGAAGAAGGAGGCUGCUUGUUGUCAAGAUUGGAUGUCUGGAAACUGUGGCAGAGGGGAGAGCUGUCAAUUCCUACACUCAUGGUGCCGUGGAGAUGGAUUUUCAAUGCUAGCAAGACUAGUUGAAGAAGAGCAUGACGGUGAAAAGAAGUCUAUUUCUGGGAUUGGGUACCCUGCAGGAUCUGACAAGCUAUAUUCAGCAACCAGUGGUGGAGUGGUACGUGCUUGGGAUUGCCAUACUGGUUUGCUUGCCGGGACUGCGAAUGUUAGUGACUACAAGAUCGGAUGUUUGAUCAGCGAUGGAGAUUGGGUGUUUGUUGGUUACCCCAAUGGUGUCAAAGCAUGGAACUUUAAAUUAGGGGUUUAUCAUGACCUCACAAGUUCAAAUGGUCAAGUCAAUGCCUUGGAGUUUGGGUUGGAUGCCUUGUAUGCUGGAGCUGAAGAUGGUGCAAUUUUUGUUUGGAAAGGAUUUGCUGAUCAGCAGGCCGAUCCCCAAUUUCAGCAGCCUGCUACUUCCCUAAAAGGCCAUGGAAGUGCAGUUACUUGCCUCAGAGCUAGCAUAAAUGGUGAUUUGUAUAGAAGAUUGUAUUCUGGUUCGAUGGAUGGGACAAUCAAGGUCAAGUUCUGGGGUUGCGCUGAAGAUGACAGUGAUGAUAUAAGCCUUUUGUACACACAUGAAGAGGAAAGUGUUGCAGUUGCUCUUGGUGGGAUGAAUGAUUCCGAAGGAAAACCAGUCUUGUUCUGUUCGUGGAGCAACUGUAGUGUUGGGUUAUACGAGUUGCCAACACUCGAAGAGCGUGGAAGGAUUUACUCACAGAAGGAAGUAAGAGCAAUUCGAAGUGGGCCUGACGGUUUGUUUUUCACAGGGGACGCAAAUGGUGUCGUCAGCGUCUGGAAGUGGGCCAAAGCUGAUGCUGCUUGA